GUAUAUUUAGUAACUUGUAAGAAAAACGUAGUGCUACAAAAUAUCUGAGAAUUCAAAGACGGAGACAGGAGGAAAAAACAUGGAGUCUUGUGGGAGGCCAAACAGGAGCGAUAUUCAUUUGUCUGCGGAGGAAGAAGCGAAAAUGGAAGAGAAGACUAGAGAGUACUUCGACGGGAUUGCUCCCAAACGUCACAGCAAACCUCAACGCAGCGACUAUUCUUCUAAAUAUGUCGAUGCUCUUGUCACCGACGGCGGCGGCGGCGGCGGCGGCGACGGCAACAACAACAACAACUCCAUUCCUGAAUACAACGAGUUUCAACGUCUUGAACAUGAGGAUCCUCAGAAAAUAGUUUUCAAUGGAACCAAAGUGACUGAGGAAUUUGUGGAGACUGAGUACUAUAAAGAUCUCAACUGCGUUGGCAAGCAACAUCACACCACAGGAACAGGGUUUAUCAACAUGGAGAACUCUAAUGGUGGAUGCUUCAGCCUGGAACCAGAUCAGGCGACUGAGAGUCAUGCCUCCAGCCGGGGAAACCCGGCAACCAAUGAAUGGAUUCCGGCAGCUGCCGAGUCGGUAGCUUUUAAUUCAGACAAACCAAACAGGAGCGACAACUGAAACUAUAGUAUCAUUAGUUCCUCCUGUUGAAUUUAUCAUCAGAUCUGGGGACUUAUCAUGUAAUGCUUAAAACUAUGAUGUAUUAAUUCAUGAAAAUAAGAAUGGAUUGCCAUUUUCUUU